ACAAACAGCAAUAUAUUGUUGUUUUUUGCUCUGGCAUACUCAACUAUCAUGUUUAGUGUUCAAAGAGGGUGUGUACUAGCAGUACCUGUUUAGAGCUCUCCUGUAGAUUUGUGUAAACUUCAUUAAAAGUAAAGGGAUAACAUGGCUAGUUCGAAUACCCACAUCGUUCUACCUGGAGGGAGGAAGCUGCCCCUUCUAGGAUUUGGGACGUGGCAGAUAAAACCGGAAGAAGUGGGUCGCGUCAUCGAAACGGCCAUCGACUGUGGAUAUCGUCACAUCGACGAAGCUUCCUUAUACGGCAACGAGAAGGGCGUCGGUGACGGGAUCAAAGCCAAGAUCGACGACGGGACAAUCAAAAGAGAGGAUCUUUUCGUCACUUCAAAAUUAUGGGUCACAGACAGUCAUCCCAGCAGAGUGGAACCGAGCUGCCGUCAAUCUCUGUCGGAUCUUGGGCUUGCCUAUCUCGAUCUGUUCCUCAUUCACUGCCCAACGUCAGCUGUGGGUGGCAAAGGACCAUUUCCCAUGGACGACAAUGGUUUGUUCAUCGGAGACGAUACAAUCGACUACGUUGAUACUUGGAGGAUCAUGGAAUCUCUUGUCGACAAGGGGUUGGUUCGCGCCAUCGGAGUUUCCAACUUCACCGUGGCUCAGAUUCAGCGCGUGCUCGAUCUCCCGCCCAAGUACCCGAUCGCCAAUGUCCAGGUCGAGUGUCACCCGUUCCUGGCACAGAAUGAGCUGAUUGAGUUCUGCAAGAAACAGGGAAUCACUGUGACGGCCUACAGUCCACUAGGUUCCCCGGAGCGAGUAUUGCAAAAAAGAGCUACCACCGACCCAUUGUUAAUGGAAGACCCCGUUGUCUGUGCCAUCGCCAAGAAAAGGGGCGUGUCCCCCGCUCUGGUGUUAAUCAGAUACCAGCUUCAGAGGGGCGUGGCCGUCCUCCCAAAGAGCGUGAAGCCAUCUAGAAUCCAACAGAACUUCGAGGCACUAAACUUCGAGUUGAGCAAGGAAGAAUUUCAGACGCUUGUAAAUCUGAACAAGAACUACAGACUGUUGAAUUUCGCCCCGAUGAAGAACAUGAAGUACUACCCUUUCAACGAUAACAACUAAAGUUUACCGAGGCAUUACCUGACGAGAUACUCAUCCUACUUAAAGUGACUCGUUAACAUUCUGAACAAAACUCUUGAUUUAGCUCAUGCCUGCAAUGAUAAUUACAAACCUUUAGGUCAAUCAGGUAUCCCAUGACUUUUACA